AUGGUGCAGCAGAUGUCUUUGGGCGAGGACUUUGUCCUCUCAAACCUACAGGGUUUGGCGAUCUGUUCCGCAUUGGCCAAGGAUCUUGAUUAUGAUAAAUUAGAGAGCAGGUUGUUUGGCCGGAUUCCGGGAGAUGUAAAUGAACUUAUUCUUGGCCAUAAUGUUAGAAGCACUUAUUUUGCAGCUGGAAUCUGCAUUCUACACGCUCCUCACAACAAAGUCAGUUUAUUUACAUUUGAAUUUGCUUGGGUUUUAGAAAUAGCGAAAUUUAGGUACGAAGUGCAAUAUUAUAAUUUCAGUUUGAUGAGCCUUUAUGUGACCGAUUAAUGGAAUUGAUGGAAAUGCUCCCUGUUCUUCGUUGGGUAGAUGAUUCCGCGUCUAGUAAACUGGACAGUAAGCUUUUAAUUUUUUUUACAUUCUUUGAAGUUCAGAAGUCACAAUUUACGAACAAUUUUUGUUUUGUCUCAAUACAAUUCUGGGUGAUAUUGCUGCUCAACAUUUUGGUCUGCGUGAUCGUAUCAUUGACCAUCAAUUGACUUUGCUGGAGGAGCUGGUCGAGGAUAUUACCGAGUUUGUUGAUGGUAUCCAAAGAAGUCCGUCGUUGAAUCAGUCAAGAUUUAACAGAAGACUGUCAUCGGAAGGUGAGUGAAGCCCCAUAUAUUAUGGCGAUUUGAAAAAUGGAGUGUAUAGUCGAUGUUGUCUUUUAUGACUUUAUAUUUGCAGUUGAUUGUAUGCGGGUGAUAUCAAUGAUAUUUGGUCUUGUCCGAACGAUUGGUCGAUUCUCAGGCGAUCCAAAAGCACCGUUGAUAUCCAAUAUUUAUCCGCCGCCAUUCAAAAUUCAAUCAGAAGAUGAUCAGAAUGGGGGUAAACCAAAAAACGUGACGUAAGUUGAGGUUUUGUUUUCCUUAUUACUUAAAAAAUUGACAAAAUAGUUUUAAAAUACGGGUCGUUUACUUUCUAUUUUUUGUUGUAGGUUGUCUACAGAUGCCACGAAUUGGUUUUGGAAUGAGGAAAAAGAGUCGACCAAAGGAGGCUCGAGAAAAGUUUUUUCUCGGCACGGCAGCAGCUUCCUGACGCCCAAUGUCGGUGAUAAUGACAAGCAUGUGUUGAGGCUGAUGUUCCCAGAGAUUGAGAGACUUACUGUGCAGGUAAUUUUAUUAUUUUUUUAUCGUAUUUUUAAAUUACAGUAGGAAAUUUCGAAUUUAAUUUAGCUAAAAACCUUGAUGGAUCAGAAAUUACUCAACACUCUGGACAGGUAUGCCGAAGAUGUCUUCCACAACCAAAAACUGAAGAGAUUUCCGUAUAAAUCAGUGUCCGAGACCAUCACUUUGGUCUCUGUGACGUGUUUGAGGGAUGUACUGCAGUUAUAUGAAAUGCCUCAUCCAGAUUCACCGAUCCCAAUGGAAUACGCUAAGGAUGUAAGAUAUUGUAAAAUACACCAUAUGACCGGUGGAUGAAUGCUAUCUUUGAAAAUUUUAGUUGUACACAUUUGCCGCCCAGCAAUUUGCCCAAGGCCAGGAACAGUUGAAAAUGAAGAAUUUCAAUGAAGAUAUCAGAGAGAUUCGGCGUUCUGUCGAUGACGAAAUGACUCAGCCAAUGGUGAAUCGACUCAAAAUGCUGAUUAUAGCGAACUCACUUUGUAUUGAGCUCAUUGUUUGGAGUGCAAUCGAUGAAAACAGUAAGGAUUAAAUAAUUUUGAUGAUUUUUACUGUGAUAAUUGAUAAAAAUCUUAAUAACAAAAAGUUUAGGUGGUUAUUUGGUCUGUAACAACAUCCAAGACAAAUUAUGGCAGCCUCAUCGGCAUGUCCUCAUCCAGAAUCCAAUCAGUGUUGUUGCAUUGGAAGCGUUGGGCGGAAUGGCCGAAAAAUUCCCUGCAUUGUCGAGCACCAUUGUUGUCAGGUGUCUCUGUAGCUUUCUUUUGGAUCCAUGUCCACUGCUGACUAAGCUAACAUCAAGUGAAGUAUGUAUUUUGAACAUGAUUAUUCUUGGGUGACCUAGUGUAAUAUAAUUUUUUUUUAUCGAUUUUACGGACUUUUUUUAGUUUGACAAAGGGGAUAGAACAAUGACCAAAGAGCAGUGUGAAGCGGUCAGUCGACGAAGAUUGGGAUUGAAUAGUUUGCGAACGGCCGCCAUUGAUGCACUGUGCAGAGCCCUAAAGGCGGCCAUUCCAGGGACGGAGUCGGACUCGGAAAAUGGAGCCGAAGAAACACUUAUCAGGUCUUGUUUGACCCAAUUGUCCGCAAAGUUGUAUGUACCCGAGAAUGCGGCGGUUGAAAGGUGCGUUUCGAGAGUUCAUUGUAUUAUAAUAGGCAAAAUUGGGCUGCAGUUUUAAAAACCCAUGGAAUUUUAUGAUAGUUACUACUGUUUGUGAUAUUCGCAUUAUUUUAUAUUUUAGCGCGGUUUACUUGAUCUCCGAGAACGUUAUCAUGGCCUUGGGAAGUAUUGGAAUCACUUUGAAGGAUCGAAAGAUCCCUCAAAUUGUCCUUCAAAUCUUCCUCCAAAGAUUUGCUCAACCUCCGUCAUCUUUAGAUCAAGUGAUUAUUAAUUCGCUUGCAGAUAUGUGGAUUGCUGGAGCGGUAAGUUUACUUUUGAUUAUUUUUUAUUGUUUUUAUCGAUGUAUUAUUAAAAUUAAGCUUUCUGGCUUCUCUAAUGUGUUGCAGUAACAUUUCAGACCGUAAUUCACGAUGGAGUCAUCAAGUUGUUCACAAGGAUUAUAUUGGAAUCGAGUAAUCGAGUUUAUACUUCCGAUCCUCUACAACAAGGUCAACGGUACUCUCAUGUCUCAUUGGUCGUGGACAGUGCGUUGGCCAGAAUGGCAAAGGCCUUGACGAAAGAAGAGGAGCAGAUGGAAUUACUAUAUCGGUUGUUAGAACUGUUUGUCCAAUUGGCGAUCGAAGGGAAAAGAGUCAACGAGAAGAUUAGGAAAACGGCGGUGAAAGUGAGUACUUGGGAUCUAACAGAUGUCGCUGAAAUAGUUUGACUGUAGUUUGACUAGUAUUACUACGGGUUUUUCCUAAAACUGGAUUAUUUUAGAUGACGGCAAAUGCUGGAAAUCUUGGAGUUCUCAUCCCUAAAAUAGCCGCUCUAAUCGUUCGAAUGAAACCGAUCACUGAGCCCACAAUCAAAGUCAAGAACUUGUUCAGGGACUUCUUUUUCUACUGUUCGGGCGUUGGUUUCAAUCUUGAAGUUAAUGAUGGAUUAUGGCCUGAUGAUUGGUACAAAGCUUUGUGCCAAGUUGCGGUCAAAGCUCCAGUUUUAACCGUAAUGGAGAAUCUGAAGUCCGAGAUGAUUGAAAAUGCAGCGAUAAAAAUGGAUUCUUUGCCAUUAGUGAGUCGAUUAAUCACACAUUGCAGUGGCCGUGAAAAUAUUACUAAUUUGUCAUUAUUUAGUCGGACGUCCAAGAACGGCGAAAUUUGGUUAUGAAAGAGGUUCCACAGACGCCGGAGAUCACGACGAUCAUUUCCAGAUUGGAUUAUGCGCAAUGCACCUACUUGUUGUCUGUCUGCAGAACGGAGAAGAUGAGAGUGAUAACCUCAAGUGAACCCGAUGCUCCACAGCAAAUGUUCAGGUAUUUGGAGGAUAAGUAAGUCGUUUUGGGAGUUAUUGAGAGUGUUUAGAUUCUGCAGUUGAGGUGUUUUUACAAUACAUUCCGUUUCAGAGCCAUUCGAAAGGACAAGAGUGGAAUCUGGUCGUGUUUAUUGGCAGCUACACCUCUCAUCUUUACGGAGUAUCUUAACAAAAUGUCCAAGAGCAACGCAUGUCGGCAGAGAACGGCGGAUAUUCGCGUAACCGCAGAGUUCUUGCUAAUAAUGUUCAAUCACUCGAUAAGAGAAGUAAGAAGAUGCGCUGACAAUUGCCUCACAAAGUUGAUGGACACUUUUCCAUAUUUGUUGUGGAAUGGACAAGUCAUUGCAACGGCAUUGAGUCUAAUCCAAGCUAUGUCGAAGAUCAUUGAAGAAGAUCGAGAAUGCAGAGUUGCAACACUUGACACACCUGGAUUCCAAUGGACCUUGCAAUUACAGGUGACAUAUUGAAGGGGUUUUCGGGAAAGGUAGUUUAGGGCCAAGAAAGCAGUAGAAUGGAGAGUACGGGGUCUUAUUUGAGUUAAUCAAGUGUAUGGGCGCAAUUUGAUCAUGGUUUUUGCAUAGUAAAAUAAGUGUUGACAAAACGAGUUAAAAAUUUUCAAAGAAAAUUUAAUAACCUUCUUGAAAUUUAGAGAUCAGUUUUAUCAUUCAUUAUUUUCAACUUCAGGACACCCUUUCCGCCCGUGAAUCCAUUGCCAAAGAUUUCUCACAACGAGUCGAACAGAUCCUCUGUGAAGCCAUGAAAUGGGCUCCCGGCACCACUCACGGUCAUCUUCUGGAAUACGUUCGCAGAACAAAUUCUACAAACAAUCGAAGUCUUCGGUUAACCAUAGAUGCUGUCCUUCAUCACCAUUCAACCGGCCUUGGAUCGGAUUUUACUCCCUCCACGACUGAUGUGAACUCGGUGAAUGGAACCGCUCUGCCAAAAGAAAAUACUACCCUGGAUGUGUCAGCAUAUUUGACUUCCCUGAAUCAGAGAGCCAACUAUUUGGGAAGGAUCCAAGGGAUGCUAUCCAUGUUGAAAUCGACUCAACAUGACUAUAAUUUGGCGCAGGAAUUGUUGGUGGAACAUCUGGAUUCGAAGUUUAGGGACAUCUUUGAGCAAAAAGAAAACUCUUACAAUGAUAGUAAUCUAGAAGAAGAUCUGGAGGAAGCCAUUAUGCUCAGUUCGGCUUAUUUUGUGGAAUCAAAAAAUUUCGAAGCAAAAUCUCUCCAUAAUUUGGUGUGGGUACCCGAAAAAAAUUUCACGGAAAAGACUCUUGAACUCUGUAUUUCUUGCUGGAAUUGGAUUCUGGUUGCUCGAGAAGAUGUUCAGAUUCAUGUAAGUUGAUUUUAAUGAUGCUUUGGGUCUAAAUUAAUGUAAAUUUUUUCAAGGAAAGGUUUAAUUAAGGAAGUUUGUGGUAUUUUAAUACCAUAAAAGUGGAUUAUAAUGGAAGAAUAUUUUAGUUCUUGCAAGAAAUGAGCGGAUGCUUUCUCCAAAUCGCCCAGAAAGGCCUCGGUUUAUUUGAUCGGACCUACGAUAAUGUCGAAUGCCCAAUGUCCAGGAGUGAAUGUCACAGAAGAAAGGCCCCGUUUGUGAAACCGCAUGCUGUUUGGGCAGGAGUAAGUUAUUUUUUUUUUUGACUUGUAAAAAUAUAUUUUCAGUUCUUGGCAGAGAGGAUGUCCUUGGCCAGAUACUGCAACCAAGAGCAAAUUGAUCUAUUUGAAAUUUUAUUUUCUAGAAUAUUGUCAUUGGAAAUUGGGCUAGACCAGAAGGGAGGAAAUGCACAAAAAAUACGUAUGAGAAGAAUAUAGUUGGUAAUAAAGAUGGUAUUAUUUCAGCGAUGAUGAGCCGGCACAUUGAAGCCGUUGGAGUCAGAUUUCGACUUUUGGCCGCAGCGUUGACAAUGAUCCAAAAUGAUUUCCUGACAAAUUCCCAGUCGAAAACAAUACUAAGACAAAGAAUUUACUCGGCGGCUUUUGAUUAUUUUACGUAUGUUCUGUUUGAUGCAUAAGUUUCAGAGAAAUUGAUGUAAAUUUUGACUGUAACCUUUCAGUUUGGCCCCACAAACCCCAACCAUGAGUUCGAAUGAGUUGAAAGAGGUUAUAAAAUACUUGAUUGCCUUCUGGAAAGCGUUGAAUGUUGAUGUCAAGUAUAUCAAAAAAGAGGCCUUUGCUGGAAGUGGUAAGUAAAACUUGUGUUGUAAAUGGAAAAUUUGAAUGUUUUGUGACCUAAUCUUGAUGGGUUUCCAGAUAUCGCCUCGGCCAAUCUUCCCAAACCCCCACCAGAACCUCAAAUAACAGCAGUUACCGUACUCCAACAAGCGGCUCAACAGAACCGAGGAAACUCAUUCACUUGGCAUGCCGCCCCGAGCAACCAAAGUGCAUCCAAUUUAUCGACGAACACCUUUACUGCACCAGCACAGGCCAGAAACGGGCUUUCUCAGCGGACAAAUUCGACUAAAAAUGCAGCUCAACACGCCAAAAUUCAAGAAAAACAAGUCAGAAAUUUGUAUAGAAAGAGACAACUUCUAAUGUUUUUAGUUGUAAGUGCUGCGUUUUGAAUUUUGAAGAAGUCGAGAGACUGGAUUUGACACAGUGAGAGGUUUUUAUGUUCUAUUCUUGAUGAUUUUUCAGUCCCAUGAAGUCGACCGUCUCAACGCCUGGCUCAAUCCCCUUGGAGCGCCAGAACAAGAGAAUUCGGAUCCUCAGAUUGACAAUUAUAUCAGAACUGUGUUGAUAGAUCAGCAAAAACAAUUCCGAGAUAUGGCUCGAUUCGCCUGGGAAAUCUCGCCGGAAUUGGCAGUCCAUUUGGUCCCGAGAUUACCGGCUUAUCCGGCGGUAAAGAAUACGAUAAGAGAAUUGGUCAGAGCUCAACCAGAAGCCGUCACUCAUCUCACCGAAGCCUUACAGCUUUUCCUUGGAGACUCCACCACCAUUGUUGAAUCAGAUUCGCAGAAAUUCUCUCAUGUCCUAACCUGGGUCCAUUGCUCACCGGUUAUGGCCAUAUCUCUCCUUUGUCCUAAGAUUUACCCACCACAUCCAAGUACGGCUCAAUAUGCGGUAAAUGUUCUCAGAGCAUGCCCUCCGGACUUGCUGCUGCUGUAUAUUCCACAGAUCGUGCAAUGCAUGCGAUGGGAUUCGGUAAGCAGCGAUUUUUUAUAUGAUACUAGUCAUUUGUGCUAAAAUUUCAAAAUAUUUCAGAGAUAUGUUUGUUGUUUUAGAUGGGAUACGUCGCGGACUUGAUCCUAUGGCUGGCAAACCACUCCCAACUAGUUGCUCAUCAACUUUUAUGGAACAUGAAUGCCAACAUGUACCUUGAUGAAGAUGCCAAACAAAAGGAUCCCGUUCUUUAUGAACCGUUGAAUGCAAUCUCUGAAAAAUUGAUCAGCAACCUAGCUGGAACUGCUAAGCGCUUUUACAAAGCUGAAUUCGAUUUGUUCGAGAGGAUUACGAGGAUAUCUGGGCAGAUCAAACACUUUGAAAAAGGAGAAAGCCGAAAGAAGGCGUGUCUCAAGGCAUUGGCGGAAGUCCAAGUAGAAGGAGUGACGUACAUCCCAUCGAAUCCAGAGUGUAUCAUCAUUGAUAUUGAUUAUUCAAGCGCCACACCAAUGCAAAGGUAAACGUUUGAACAGGGAGUAGAAAGUUGUCAUGUUUGUGAUUUUUUAAAGUUAAUUUUUAUGUUUUCAGCGCUGCCAAGGCUCCAUUCCUUGCCUGCUUCCGUAUGAAGCAAUGUGGAGUGGAUGGGGUGGAAGAAUUGGCCUUAUCUUACUAUGAAAAAGAGAUGGAAGCCGAAGAAAGAAAGGACCCAAGACCUAAGGCCAAUUUAGUCCGAGUUGAUCCCCAUGGAUUUGUGAAACACGAUCCCCUGGUCAUACGGAAAGGCGCGAUCUUCAAAGUCGGCGAUGAUUGUCGACAAGAUGUCCUUGCUCUUCAAAUGAUGAGACUAAUGAAGAAUAUCUGCGAUCAAUCCAAUGUGGAUGUCGAUUUCUUCCCGUACAGAGUGGUAGCCACAAAUCCUGGGUGCGGAGUAAUUGAAUGUGUUCCAAAUGCUAAAUCGAGAAACGAAAUUGGGCAUCAAACGGCGUUCACUUUGUUCGAAUACUUCGUUACCAGUUAUGGCGAUGAGAACAGCGAAAAGUUUAGAACGGCCAGGAGAAAUUUCGUCAAGAGUAUGGCCGCUUACUCGGUUUUUAGUUUCUUACUUCAAAUCAAGGACAGGCAUAAUGGAAAUAUCAUGAUCAACAAGGAUGGACAUAUUAUACAUAUUGGUAAUUUUUUUAAAUUUUUUGGUCAUCUGCUUGUAGUCAUACCUAGAACGGAUGUUUUGGAUAAUUGAUGAGGAAAUUUGCAGAUUUUGGAUUCAUGUUCGAAAGCUCACCCGGUGGAAAUAUGGGCUUCGAGCCGGACUUCAAAUUGAGUCAGGAAAUGGUGGAUAUUAUGGGCCAUAAUAUGGAACAUCCGGCUUUCAAGCACUUCUCAUCUCUUUGUGUGAGAAUAUUCUUGGCUGUCAGACCGUAUUAUCAGGUAAGGAAAGUUAGAAUUGAUUUGUGGACGGUUAUAGGAGAAAAAUAUUGUUCAUGAUGAUUUAUAAAAAAGUUAAAAUUUUGAACGUUUAAUCUAAAAAAGGCGAGUUGAUGAUGCAUUUCCAUGAGUUUGAAUCUAUUUUAUAAGAUAUUAGAACAACUACUAGUAAGAUACAUUUAUUUAGACGCUUUCAAAAUGAGUUUUAUCAGAAAUUUUUUUAUCCAAGUAAAAAUUUUCAGGACUUUAUCGCCCUUGUAAAUCAAAUGUUGGACACAAAGUUACCUUGUUUCCGUGGCAAGACCAUUCCCCUCCUCCGUUCCCGGUUUGUCCCUGAAAUGAACGACAAAGACGCGGCCAAGUACAUGCUCGGAAUCAUAAACAAUUGCUGCACGAACAUCAGAUCCAAGAUGUACGAUCAACUCCAGUACAUCCAGAACGACAUUCCUUAUUGA